AGCACGGCUGCAACUGGAGGGUUCGGGCAACGAAGUUGAAAGACAAAGAUUUCUUUCAAAUUAGAAGGUUCGAAGCGCCGCAUCAAUGUGUAUACCCUAGAAUGAAUAGGGACAAUUGCAACCUCAAGUCCGAGGUCAUUGCUCAUUUCAUCAAGGCACAAAUUGCGAUAUCACCAGAAUUGCCUCUUGCUACCAUAAUUGAGGUCGUGAAGGAGAAGUUUCAGUUCACUAUAUCAUAUAAGAAAGCGUGGCUUGCAAGGACGAAGGCAGUUGCAAUGGUGUUUGGUGGCUGGGACGAGUCGUACCGAAGGUUGCCUAGAUAUAUGGCUGCAUUGCAGGCAUUCAAUCCAGGCACAGUUGUCAUGUGGGACAUGAUUCCGAAUUUGCACUCUAUCUCAAUCGGAGCUGAAAUGUACAUGAACUAUGUGUUCUGGGCAUUUAAACCUGCAAUAGAAGGCUUCAAGUAUUGUCGUCCAGUGAUAUGCAUUGAUAGCACACACUUGUACGGGAAAUACGAAGGGAAGAUUAUCGCGGCCGUUACAGUGACUGCUGCGGACAAGAUUGUACCUCUUGCCUUUGCCGUUGUUGACAAGGAGAUGAUCGAGAUUCAACCAAGAGGAUACCAUAGGUAUUGCUUGCGACACGUAUGUAGCAAUUUCAAUGAAAGAUUCGGCAAUACAGUAGCGAAGGAUCUUGUGUGGAGAGCUGGUUCUGCACGGCAAGUGCGGAAGUUUAACAAGAUUAUGGACGAUAGCUACAAGCUCGAGAAGAAUGCUGAACGGGUUUAG